AUGGCUUCUACAUCGUCUUCAUCAAUCUCUAUACAAACAACAGGAUGGACAUAUGAUGUGUUUCUGAGUUUUAGAGGUGAAGAUACUCGCAACAACUUUGUUGAUCAUCUUUUUGCAGCUCUCGUUCAGAAAGGAAUAAAGACGUUUAAAGACGAUGAGAUUCUCGGUGGAGGCCAACCCAUCUCAGAAGAGCUAUUGAAAGCCAUAAAAGAAUCAAGGUUUUCUGUUGUUGUUUUCUCUAAAAACUAUGCAAAGUCUUCUUGGUGUUUGGAAGAGCUUUCCAUGAUCAUGGAAUGCCAUGAUCAAAUGCGGAGUCAGAAGAAGGUGUUACCUGUGUUCUACCAUGUCGAUCCAUCAGAUGUUCGGGGACAAAAAAGAGAUUUCGUGACGGCAUUCGAGACGCAUGAAGACAGGUUUAAAGGAGAGAUGGAGAAAGUGAACAAAUGGAGGAGUGCUUUAACUGCGGUUGCUAGUUUAUCAGGCUAUCAUAUCUCAACAGUCAGUGGAGGUGAAUAUGCAAUUAUCGACAAGAUUGUUCAAGAGAUCUUGCACAAUAUACAACCUCUUGGUAAUGAGAUUUGUAUAAUUGGUAUAGAGUCUCAUAUGGAAAUAUUAAAUUCAUUACUGAUCAUGGAAGCAACCCAAAAUGUUCGGAUCAUAGGAAUACUUGGAAUGGGAGGGAUUGGUAAGACUACUAUUGCCCGAGCAUUGUUUAGAAGAAUUUCAUAUAAGUUUCAAGGUAGUUGCUUUGUUAAGGAUGUUAGACAAAAUAGUUCUAGCGAUAACGAUAUAUGUGCAUUACAGAAAAAAGUUCUAAAAGACAUUCUGGGAGUGGAUCAGGGUUUUAGCAUUCUGGAUCCUGAGGAUGGGGCAGGCAUGAUAAAAGAAAGAUUUUACAACAAAAAAGUUCUUCUUGUUCUUGAUGAUGUGCAUGAUAUGAAGCAAUUAGAGUUCUUAGCUGCAACACAUGAGUGGUUCGGUCCAGGAAGCAGAAUAGUUAUAACCACUAGAGACAGACAUAUAUUGGCGGAUGCAAAUGACAUUUACAAACCUCCUCUUUUACGUAAAGACCAAGCUACUGAGCUUUUUAGCAGGCAUGCAUUUCGAAAAAAUAGCCCUCCAGAUGGAUACUUGGAGCUUUCAGAUCGUGCAAUAAACUAUACAGGGCGUCUUCCUCUUGCCUUGAAAGUCUUAGGCUCCUUCUUCCGCGGAAGAGAAGCACGUGUGUGGGGGAGUGCUUUAGAUAGACUAGCCAAAAUACCAUCUAGUGAGAUAUAUGAGAAACUAAAGUUAAGCUUUGAUGAUCUAGAUCCUUAUGAGCAAAAAAUAUUCUUAGACAUUGCAUGUUUCUAUAAGGGUGAAAAAUUAGAAGAUGUCACUAGAAUACUUGAUAGCUUUGGUUUUGACCCGGUCAUAGGGAUUAGUGUUCUUAUAGAAAAAUCGCUUAUAACCGUUUCAAAGGAAGAGCUAGGUAUGCAUGACCUUAUUCAAGAAAUGGGUUGGCAAAUCGUUCGUGAGAGUGCCCCGAAUAGCAGGCUAUGGAAACGUGAUCAAAUACUUGGUGUCAUACACAAAAGCAGAGAACUUGAUGCUAUUGAAGCCAUCGUGGAGCCAUUUUCAGGAAGGAGGACGGGUUUUAACGCUGAUAUAUUUAGAAGUAUGAAGAAUCUUCGGCUACUCCAUGUUGACCUUCAAUUCACUUCCGAGGCACCUACCUUUUUCCCUGAUGAGUUACGAUGGCUACAUUGGGAGCAAUACCCAUAUUCAUCCCUGCCAGACAUGUGUAAGCUUGUUGGGCUUGACAUGAUUCUUAGCAAGAUUGAACAUUUAUGGAAUGGGCAACAGAGUAUGCUAAACUUGAAGUUCAUUAACCUUAAAGGUUGCAAGCUAGCAAGGUUUCCAGAUGUCUCGGGUGCACCAAAUAUUGAGAGGUUAAUUUUGGCAAAAUGUAAUAGAUUGGUGGAUGUUCAUGAGUCUCUUGGUUAUCUGAAAAGGCUUGUUUACUUGGACAUGAGUUAUUGCAAUCAUCUUAAGUGUCUUCCAUCUAGGAUUGAGAUGGACUCCUUGGAGACCCUACUUCUCAUUGAGUGUACAUCUCUUGAAAGAAUCCCAAAAUUCUCCCCGUGUAUGGUUAAGUUAUCUUAUAUGAAUUUACAAUAUUGUCGAAGAAUAGAAGAGCUGCCAUCAUCCAUUAAAUAUCUCUCCAACCUAAGCUUCUUGAAUCUUCAGUAUUGUUACAGUCUUAAGAACAUUCCAAACUCUUUAGGCAAGUUAAAGUGCCUCAAGUGCCUCUGUCUGAAUGAAUGCUCGAAGCUGUUGAAAUUGCCCGAUGAGUUAGGACAUAUUGAAAAGUUAGAAGAGCUUCAUAUACGAAGAGCAAAAUCCUUUAUAUUUCGGAAUUUGCCAGCAUUGUCUUUCUUGAGAAAAUUAGUUCUAAGUGAUAAUAAAAUUAGAGAUGAAGACUUCCCCAAAAAUCUUCAAGGAUUUUCGGCCUUGGAAGAGUUACAUCUAGAUGAGAAUGGUGAAUUGAUGGAGUUACCUUCUAUUACCAACCUUUCUAACCUUAGAUACCUAGACUUAACGGGGUGUCGUCGACUUCAAAAGUUUCAUGGGCUUCCGGUAGGAAUACAGAUAUUAAAAGCUGAUGAUUGCGUCUCACUGGAAAAGAUAAAUGAUUUAUCAGAAGAUCAUAAAUACUUAUAUAAAAUAUCGCUGGUUGGUUGCCAUAAACUCAUAAAGGAUGAAAUGAAUGAAAGAUAUCUUGCUAACAUGUUAAGGAAAUCUGUUCUUCAGAGAUGUGCUGCUGUAGGCCAUUGUUUAAGUAUCAGUAUACCUGGAAGAAAAAUUCCAAGUUGGUUCAAUCAACAAGAAGAUGGGGGUAAAAUAGCAUUGCACUUACCUCCUGGAUGGCAAACCCAAACAAUGGGCUUUGCAAUAUGUGGGUCGUCCUCAGGAGGUUUUUAUCAGCAAAUUUCAUUCAGAUUUGAAGACGGUGAAACGUUUUUAAAAGAUUGGUAUGAGAAGGAUGAUCAGAACGAUAAUAAGCAUUGUGAUCAUCUGUGGAUUAGUUUUGUACCAUUCAGCUUAAUUCAAAACAAGAAGUUGGAUCAUAAUGAUUUCGAACAUGAAGAUUGGUCUCUCGUCACGGAAGGUAAUCUUGUUAUUAAAGUAUCACCAAAGAAUAUUGCAAGGCCUGUUAGAUGUGGAGCACAUGUUGUGUACAAAGAGGACCUGGAAUCCACCCAGCAAUCUAAGUCUCCAUCUAUCUCCUCAUCCACUUCUUCUUCUCCUCCUUACUGGAAUUGGGAGAUAAUAAAUCGGUUCAGAAACUCUCUCAUGUGCAUAGAGCCAGAGCCGAAGCCAAAGGAUGGUAUCAAAUGGCCCAAGUGAUCAUUAAAAUUUCUGUUCAUUACAUUAUUUGAUACAAGCCCCCUGUUCAAUACACGAGCUUUUAUUUCGUUUU